CCAGUGUACAGCAGCACUCGAGGUGAAACCUGACAAGAUGAGGCUACUGCUCCUUAUGCUCUGGGCUGUCCUGCAGCUCUGCAGACCGGCACUGUUUUUUGAGACAGAAUUAAUUCUUAACCCAGAGAAGGGUGAGGUGGUGCCCCCCUUUGACACCAAGGCCCCAGUCAGACAUCCAGACCCUACCCAGGAUGGGGCGCCGUCUGAGUCUUUCAUGUUUGACGUGAACCCAAACCUAAAGUGGGUCCCCUGGAACGGCACCCUGCCCAACGGUGCAGUGGGGAUCUUCAACGGCUACACCUCACGCCCCGACUACGUGUGCAAGUUCAACUGUGAGGCUGGAUUCUUCACACCAGACAAAGGUCAAUACUGCCAGUACCCUUACUCCGACCAGGAAUACUCAGCUGUUAAGUUUGACAUUUUGGUCAACGUGGACAACUUCGAGUUUCUUGAGUGGAUCGAAGAUUCCUACGGGUCCGUGCCUAAAGCUGCAGUCAAGACGUGCCCAAGUGCUGGCAUCUAUGUGGGGAAGAACAAGUAUGGUUUGGGGAAAGUGGUGCCUCAGCAUGAGGCCUUCUUCCUGCCAUGGGAAGGGGACGAGUACUGGUACAAGAAUUACCAUGUUCUCUCCAUCAACACCGACGCCUACAGCCAGCACAUCUCCCAUGUGGAGUACGGCAUCGAUCAGAUCGAGCUCUUCCAUUAUCCCCCCGAGACCAUACAGCUAGCCAAGGUCACUAACUACGAGUGUCGCGAGGUGGAGAAGACCGUUCUGCUGGAGAAGACCACCACCGUAGAGAAGACCUGGGACAUCGGCCGCGAGACUCGCAAUGGCAGCGUCUCCACAAUGAAGGCCAAGGUCCCUAUCCUGAACCCUGGCAAUGUGGAUUUCACCAAGGAGCAAACGGUCAGUUUCUCUGAGGGAACCGCGAUGACAGAGUCCAUAAGUCACUCUAUCUCAGUCCGGGUUCGGGUCGCCCCCAACCACUCGUGCGCUGUGAGGAUGGAUGCCAGGAAGAUGACAGCUGACAUCCCCUUCACGGGCCGCCUGAGUCGCACGUACAACAAUGGGAACACGCACUGGACCGUCGUGACUGGGACCUACGACGGCGUGAGGAUCGGAGAGAUCAACGCCGUGGUGGAACGCUGCCAACCGAUCCCGGAUGCUCCUCCAUGCUUCCGGGAGGAGUAGGCUACUGAUAGGGGCUUUCUUGUGGGUCACAGCCAUCAGUGGAAUUGAUAAAUAAAGCAUAAUGAAAAAGA